UACAACACGACGCCGCGCGCUGUCAACCAUUGAAGUUGUUAACAAUGCAAAGCGAUAUUAUCAUGUUCAAAUAGAAUUUAACUUUUAAACCUUCUUUCCCAAAUUCGUAUUGUGGAAUCAUUGUAUUAUAAAUUAUUUCGAAACCUUUCAUUGCAAGCGAACUGUAAAGUGUUAUCGUUCCAAUAAUUCGUGGCUAUCGAUUUUACAGUUCGAACAGCUGUUUUGUAAACGAUGGUAUCCUUUGGCCAGUAUAUUAUUUCAUAUGAAUAAGUGUAAACAAUAUUAUUACUAACACGGCCUGUGUGUGAAAAAUGACAAAUUAAUAGCUAAACGUAACGGACUUAUACAAAACAAAAAGAUGUAAAAGUGAUGUGAUUAUAAUAUAGUGCUGUGCUUUUUAAAUUGAAGAAACACAGAAGUGAUCCAAGCUCUCUUUCCAUUUUGGAUGUGCCAGUGUUAUUUUAUGAAUAGUUGUUAAAGUGCUUUAAGAUUUGGAUUUUCUAUUCGGAUACGGAUUUAAAACUAUCAGAAAGUUUUAGAUAUUGGCGAUGCUGGUAAUGAAGAUGGUGAAAGAGACGUUGAAAUUAUGGAUGAAAGUUGAUUUUCCUGAGAGGUGGUGAGGUGGUUCAGUACGAGGGGAGAUGCUGGGCGGGGCGGCGGGGGGCGCCCGCUCCCGCCCACCCGCUGAUCUCCAGCAAGGGGCGUCCAGAUUCCCGCUGUACUCUCUGUUCCCAAGUCAGACUGGUAAUAGGACCUCUGUCCACAAAGUAACGGAGAGCCUGUUUUCGAGCUCGCUGUCCACGUUCGGAGUGCCGACUCCUCCUCCCAACUCGCCUUACUCGCCGCUGCACCUCGACAUCCUUAACUGUAACCAGCGGAUCAAGGAGAGCAGCAAAAUGGAGGAGUCUAAGCUGGGCAAGCCUUGUGUACCAGAGUCGCUUUGCUGCCCAGAGCAACGCCAGAUAAUCGACGGAGUAGGCAUGAUGCAGCCGCUCACGAUCAAGACAGAACAAGCCAAGCGAACUUGCAACACUUGCUUUACCAAUUCGCCCAAGAAAGUGAUGCACACAGAUAGCGGGUGCAGUCGGACGAACCCGGUGACGUGGGUGGGAGUGUCAACCGGACACGCCGGACAUAACGUGCAGGUGCAGGUGAAGCGUGAGCCGCAACACAUGCACAUGUCCGAACUGGUGGCCGUCAAACUGGAGCAGGCCUCGCCCGGACAUAAGAUGGACUUACCUGCCCCGGGCGUACCUGGCUCCCUCAACAACGGAUCAAUUCCUGUGGGAAUAGCGGUUGCCAGACAACGGGUUGGAGAUGCGGGUCUUCUGGCGGCGCUAUCACAAAAAGAUACUCAAAGGCUACAUGACUUAGAUACAGCACAAGCGGCCAUGACGGUGGGCGUGGCUAACGUACUGUGCGACGACCGCGCCGGCCCGCUGGCGUGGCCCACUCCCGCCCCUGCGCCGGCCCCGCCGCUUUGGCAGUACCCAGCGCAAGUGUCGAUGGACAGCAUGAUGAUGGGAGGAGUGGGCAGCGUGGGGAUGGGUUCUGUUGGCACCGGCGUGUCCUCGGUCGGCGGCUUCCAACUCGUCCGUGAGCCGACGUCUGGGGCGCUGUUGCUACUGCCAGCACCCUCCGAUCUUCCGCACACCGUCGUGUGGGGCGGGAUGCCCUACCCUUCAGCACCGCUACUACUACCCCCUGCACCACACCCUUCACAUCAUCUACAACUACUACCAGGAGACCUCCUAGCUUCGACAGCAACGCUUCAACACACUCACACGCAUUCUACUCGCCUGGUAACCUUAGCUCCAGCACCGCCACAGCAACACCAGACUCACAUUGAAAAGCGUAAGCCAAUCAUGCACCCGCUCAUCACACCUCACACUUUGAUCAAAAUUGAACCAGAACCGCCACAAGAGAAACCACCACCUUUCGUACCAGAACCGGUGCCGCCACCGAUGAUGGCGACGCAUCUUUACUAUCAGCCAGAGUUUCAAGAACAAGUUUGUAGAAGUCAAGCAACUUCCCCUGUGGCUCCACCGACCCCCCCUCCUGAUACUUCUGAAAUCCCAGCACAUAAAGACGCCUCAAAUCAAACAGACCACAUCGAUGAUGAAGAUGAACAUCAAAACCAAGUGGAAGAUGAUGAAAGAGAGGUCGCCUGUGUUGGUGUCGCUCAUGUACCUGAAGAAUCACAAGUUCACCUUCAAAUGAUGCCUAUUAUUGAUAGCGCUGAGGAUUCGUCAUCUGAAGAUAUGACAUUAGUAGUUACCGGUGCUAUUGAGAAAGCAAUAGACACAAUAGAGAGAGACGAGGCUCUUGAUAACUCUAGUAGUAGCGAGUCACAAGACUUAGUUAUUGAUACUGGUCAACAUUCAAAUACAUCACCCGCGGCCACAAUUGAACCAAGGCUAGCUGAUGACGUAAGCGGAUUAGAACUGUUAUCAAAUAGUAUAGAGCAGUACGAACGAACAACACCUGGACAUAAUAUGCCAACCUUGGAAACAACACCUUUAAUGGUUGACACAAGGUCUUCAUCUAAAUUAAAUAUAUUAAUAAAGACGUCACCCAAGUCUCCGCCGCCCACAGAAGCAAAGCCGCAAAGAAGAUUCGAGUUUCCAUCAACGGAUAACUGUGUCGAACAACAAAAGCCUUCAUUGGACAGACUAGGUUUACUCUGUGAAGUAAUUUUGGCGGAGCAGAGACUAAUCGAAGAAGGUGUUGACAAUAGCCGUCCAUCUACAUCUCAACCAUUUAUCAAGACAGAGCCACUUCUAAGCCCAACUAAAGCAGACCUAUCAUUGGAAUUGAAAAAAGAGAAGCAUAGAAAUCGGGAUGACACGUCCAACGAACGAAGAAGAAAACGGAGUCAUGUUCGAGAAGAGAAGUUGAAGCAUAAAUUGGAAAAGAUCCGGCGGCAUAAAAGAGAGCGGAAAAGUAAUGAUGGAGAAGACAGUGGGGGUGAACUGGAGGCUAGCCUUCGUAGAGUAACAGCGUGUUCAUGUGGUGUAGCUAAUUGCACGCAUACUAGUAAUGUUCCCUCUGCCCACGACCUUGUUAACGCAAUCGAAAAAGACAUGCGCAAAAGGUUGCAAGAUCUUCAGAGACAGUGUGAUGAAAAAAGAGCUCAAUUGAAUGCCCUAACCCCGCCAUUAGCAGUAUUGUCUACUCCACCAACACCUUGCACUCCAGCACUUUCACCAGACUCAGAUAGAGGCUCAUCCAAAAAGCGUAAAGUAGGCCGACCAAGAAAAGUUUCAAGUCCUGAUUCUACCGAAACAAUUGUGGCAAAAAAACCUAAAUCUAAGAGCAGCCUCGUUGGUUAUUUGUUAGCGAAAGGAAAACUGAAAGGAGGCAUAUUAUGUACAAGAGGCGAACCAUCACGAGAGGAAACCAGUCGAACAAGCAAAGUUCGGCCGAAACUCAAAGCUGAACCAAUUUUAAAGAUGUGUUCAGAAGAUGAUGAUACCGAAUGGGGCCUUAAUAGAUCCGCGAGUUCAUCGAUGGAGAGCUUGAAUGAAGUUCGACAGAAAAAUCGUGAGAAAGUUGACCGUUUAGUCAGAAAGCAUUCGAGAGAUGACUUUUCUGAGAUCGAGUUGACUAUUCGUAGAGCUAGUGCAUCAAGCGAUAAUGAAGAAAAGAAACGUGCAAAGAAGCGUCGGAAGAGUACUGUGUCGAAAGAGGAGUCGAAAGUGGAGGAACCUGUGAAAGAAAAAGAUCCCGAAGUGGAUACUCAGAUACCACUAGUAACUCGCUGUACGUUGACUGAAGACAAACUGGAUACAUCUCCUAGAGUGCUGACAUGUCGGGGAGGACUCUUCUACGCUGGAAAACUGAGCGCUGUGCAAGCACCUGAUGUGUAUGCCAUUACUCUAGAUGGAGAGAGAGGGAACAAACCACAUAUUCUGUCAAGAGAGGAAACCUUGAAAGAUGCGAUAUUGGAAGUAACUCCAAGAUCUGUCUCGGAACUGGCCUCUGGUAGUAGAGUGUGUGCAUAUUGGUCCCAACAGUACCGCUGCCUAUACCCCGGCACUGUGGCGCUAGCGUCGCCCGACCCGCGUCACGACAAUCUCGUCGCGGUUGAGUUCGACGACGGUGACUCGGGUCGCAUCGCCAUCGAGGAUAUACGCUUCUUGGAGCCCAAUUACCCUAUUGUUGAGUAUGAAAACACAUUGUUCACCCUGGGCAAACGUCGAAGAAAUACAAGUGGGACAGAUGAAAAGAAAGCUUCAGUCAGUGAAGCAAAACCAGAGACACAAAUGGCUGAAAUGAAGAUCGAAGCAGAGGCAGACAGACAUAGAGAUAGAAAGAAGUUGAAGAAGCACAAGAAGGAAAAGGAGAAACGCCUGAGCGAAGACGAUCCGAAUUCCACCGAGCACAUAAAAAAGAAGAAGAAGAAGCAUAAAUGUUGUGAGGAACAUUGCAAACACAGAAAACAUAAGAAACACCAUAAAAAACACAAGAAACGACAUCACUCUGGUUGCAAAGAUCAUUCUAGUUCUUCAGGUGAAGAACACAGGCAGAAGUCGCCAACUCAUUAUGUUGAUUCUAAAUCUAACGAAGAUUCGAUAGAUUCCAAUGACAAAUUGUCAACUUUGAUCGCGGUUGAGAAAUCGCCAGAUGAAAAAAUGAAAACCGUCAUAAAAAAGGCAGUUUUGGUGAAAACACCGGUACUUGAUUUUAGUAAUAUUGGACUUAGAACUGAUGAGGAGGAAGAUAAUUUGAAGGACAGUGGGAUCGGACUGUUAGAAGAGGAGCCUUCGACGUCUACUUGCGAUAUUUUUAAGAAGAAGCUAAAGCGGCGUACGGUAUCGUCGUCAUCGGACGGCGGCGGGGGGAGCGGGGGUGGCGGAAUAAGCAAGAUGGCGGCUUUCCUGCCCGGCGGCGCUCUGUGGAGAUGGUCGGGGCCCGCGUACCGACGCACGGCUCGCCCUAGACACCGCAAACUCUUCUAUCGGUCCAUACAGCGCGGCGAGGAGACACUACAUGUUGGUGAAGCUGCAGUAUUCCUUUCGACGGGUCGCGCUGAUCGUCCGUAUAUCGGACGCAUCGUAGCGCUGUGGCAAGCACGCGGCGCCAUGGCCGUACGCGUUCACUGGUUCUAUCACCCUGAGGAGACGGCUGCUUGUAAUCCUCUCCAUUACCCGGGUGGGUUAUUCGAAUCUCCACAUACAGACGAAAAUGACGUCCAGACAAUUUCGCACAAGUGUGAGGUAUUACCUCUCGCGCAAUACAAGGAGCGCAUGGGUGACGACCCGGCUAGGUACAGCUCGGUAUACGAUAACAACGACGUGUACUAUCUCGCGGGACAUUACGACCCGACGCAACAGACACUGCGCAUGGAACCCGAUAUACCCUUUGCUACCUAACUCCUCACGGUCAUGCAGCCCUAGUGCGUGUUGUGAACAAUGACAAACCUAAAAGACGUAACAAUUAAGUGCAAUUUGAACGAUUUUGAUCGUUUGUUAAUUAAUAAGAAUAAUUUAAUUUUUUUACAUAUUUAAUUGACUUCGUUUAAAUUAGUUGAUUUGACAUUAAACAUAAUUUAAUAAUAUAUCUUUACAAAACAAUAUAUACUUAGUAUUAGUGAUUUAAAUGAAAAUCUCGAUGUGUAGUGUUUAUCAGUAGGAUUUUUGACGUAUUUCGUAGCUUUCCCCAAAUCACAUACAGGUGUUUAUUAUAGUACAACGUAGAUUUUCGAGGCUCAAACAAUAUUACAAUUUGAAAUAACUAUCUUGAUAUAUAAUAACUUCGAUACAUGUUAGUUACCCUUGUUACGUUUGUGUAAUUAGUGUUUUCCUAGUGUGGGCCGAGUUGUGAUUGCGGCUACUGUAAUGAUGGAGGAUCGUUGUGAUUAUUUUAUACUAUUUAUAGUCUCAGUGUCUACGUUAGUACACACGUUUAAUCUAUAUUUCUAUGUAUACUAUCUAUGAUAACAAUUAUAUAUGCAAUACUGCUACAGCUAGUCUCUUAUUUCGUUCUAAAUUGAUCUUGAAUGUGUUUGGAGUGAUAACUGAAAAUUUUGAUAUCUAUGUGCUUGUUAUGUAUGAUUGUUUUUAUCUUUUAUGUUAUUUUUGAUUAUGAAAAUAUUAUGUUAAUCAAUAUAUUCGUAUACCUUAUAUCGGAAUGGUGCUAGACGCUUAAUACUUCAUCUAUUUCAUCUUAGAUAGAUUGUACAUACAAUAUUUGAAUUUAUUGUAACAUUUGUUUCGACUUCACUGUGACAUGUUUCAGUGUGCAUGUAUAAGUUGCCAUUUGUAUCUUACUUAGUGUUUUCUACAGGGUAGUUAGUACCCGGCUUUUUAUCCUUUUCUAAUGUAUGUAUGAAGGGACUGAAAAGACAGGGAUGUAGCUAGGUUGUGGUAUAGGAUCAUAUGUAAGGUUUUUUACGACGAGGCACGCGGAGUUGGCCAAAAAUUAUAAAUUUUCAGCCAUUGUAGAGUAAACUGCAAAACUGCGGCAGUGCUGUGGAAUUUUUUACUUUUAUUAUCUGUAUUGAGUGAUUCCUAAUAGACCAGUGCUGAAGACAUUUGAAAGUAAGAAAAAGUGAAAAAUUAAUAAUAGUAAAAUGAAACCUAUUGGAAAAGGAAAAGAAUAUAACAAAAAUGAAAGGAGAAAAAAAUAACGGGUGAUCUGGGGUCGGGAAGUGGAAAAAGGGGGGUGUCUAAUGGUAAAAAACGGUUUAUCUUGAUUUGCAAAAAUAAUAUUUUAUAAAGGAUAAAAAUAAAAAAACAAAAAUGUGGUUGUUUGAAUUUUUCACAUAAAUUUUGAGGUUAUGUGAAAAGAGUGUGAAAACAAAAGUUGUAGAUCUUUUUAUUACCUACAACUUUUCUAUUUAACUUUUUCCAUAGGACUUGUAGUUUCGCCGCAAAUCAAGAUAAACCGUUUCCUGACCUCAGAUCGCCCGUUACUUAUUUUAGUUUAAUUUUGUUAUAUUCUCUUCCUUUUCCAAUAGGUCUCAUCCUACUAUUACUUUUUUGAUUUAAAAAAUUUACGACCCUGGUCUAUAAUGGGUACGUACGGUUAGGCCUGAUGCAACCCACCUGCUAACAUUUCUUUGAAUUGUGACUAUCUUAAUGUACAGAUAUUAUUAUAAGACUAUUUUCCUCAAAGGAAACUAACCAGUGAGAGGUUUUUUAUUUAAAGAAUCGCACCAGUAUACUUCUUCCAUACAAUUCAGUUUAAUACUUUCAAUCGAUGACGUAUUUUGUUAAUGUAAGAUUGUUAAGUUGUAGUUGUAAGAUUUUUCAUUAUUUCAUAAUACAAAAAUAUAUUGGACACUUUGGCGUGAAUAUUUGGAGAAAUUGUAUCUAAAAAUUUAAAAUAAAUGGUAUUUUUAUAUAUUGAGGGUAGUUUUUUAUUUGAAUUGUAAUGUAAUAAGUACAAAUAUCGAGCGGAGAGAUUGACUCGGCCCAGUGCAUGUUACGUCACUAACUUCGACCCAAUAUUAAAAACAUGCAAUGUUGAAUGCUGUCGUAAAUUUUAUAAAUAUUUUAAAUUAUGCGACCAUAGUGUGUAAUCUUAUUGAAAGCCAUACAUUAUUAGUUAGUUGUAAUUAAUAAUAUAUCAUCAGCAUGGAUUAAAUAAAGAUUAUAAAUACGCUUAAAUAAAAAUAUUUUUGGCUGGAA